AUGGACCACGAGAAGCUACUUCACGAAGCUCGUCGACGUAUUCUCGCCGAUGCCGAAGAAGCCAGAGAGGUAAUGCACAGUGAGCUGAGUCGAGUGAUGCACAGUGCCUUCAAGGAGAAGCUGCAGACCAUCGGUGCUGCCUCAAACCUGCUCGCUCUGGGCAAUCCGCACUUUGAUCCAAUUGAGGCGCUGGAGAAAUAUCUCAUCAACUCAUCCACUGACAACUCCAUUCCACCGGCAAUGCAUGUUCACCUGGUGAAGUUCCUCUCUGACCAGAAGCAGCCACCAGUUCCAGAAGUGCCCUGCAAAUACGAGUCUCUCUAUGACAGCAGCAGUGAAUCGCCCAUCGACCUCAGCUGCUCAUCAUCAUCAUCAUCAGCAUCAUCGGUCUUCUCGUCACCGUCGCGAGCUUAUUCACCACAACAGGUGGACAAGAAGUUUGACUGUCGUCGAAACUUAUUGCCGUCGAUACUGGAGCAGCAGCAGCAGUCGUUUAUCAGUUCGCAGGCACGAAAACGCAAGUACUCAAUGGCAGACCUGGACACUGCACUAGAGCCGCCCGUCAAUCAGUCGGCGGCUUUUCAGGCUGCUCAAGUGAAGGAGAUCAGACAGGAUGAGUCGAUCAACAACUUUGCCAAGGAGAACCGCAAGGAGAAUCUGCUCACCCUGCAGCGCAAGUGCCUGAUCGACGGCUGCAAUCUGCACUUUGGCAACAAGAACACGAUGCACGAUCACAUGGCCGAGGUGCACAAUGUGCUCAAGUUCAGCUGCCAUGUUCGCAACUGCGGUAUUUCCUGUCACACACAACAACAGCUGAGCAAUCACCUAAUGGUCGCCCACUCUUCUAUGACUGUCUUUUCCUGCUCUAAGUGCGGCAAGACCUUCAAGAAGUACGAUUUAAUGUCGCACCACAUCUACGCAGAGCACGCCGUGGGACUAUACCAGUGCGCCGUUGAAGGGUGCACCUUCCAGGCGAACAUUCGCUCUCAGGUGUCGCGACACUUUGAGAAGAGUCACCGAAAGUACUGCUGCUCGUACUGCAACCGUGCAUUCUCCUACACUGGGCACUUGCGUUGCCACGAACGAACGCACCUUCGCGUGAAGCCCUUUUCGUGCACCUUUGGCAAGUGCACCUACACCAGCGAGAACAAGUCGCACCUCAUUUCUCAUGUGCGCAUUAAGCACUUCGGCCUGCCGAUCACCAAGAAGCUGCAGGUGGCCCUGAACAUUGAGGAUGAUCGCAAUCCAAUGGACUACAUGGCCGUUGACUACGAGCUGAUUGAGCAAACCAAGAAUCUGUUCAAGAAAAAUAACCUCAGUUUUGACUGA